AUGAACCAGAAAGAUCAUGUCUGAAGUACAAGGAACGGUUGAGUUUUCUGUAGAGCUACAUAAAUUUUACAAUGUGGAUCUCUUUCAGAGAGGGUAUUACCAGAUCCGAGUGACUCUGAAGGUGUCCUCAAGGAUCCCCCACAGACUGAGCGCCUCCAUCGUUGGGCAGACAGACGGCAGCAGCCUGCAUUCCGCCUGCGCCCACGAGAACGCCGCGCACAGCCGGGUCUUCCAGAUCCUGUACAGGAAUGAAGAGGUGCCCAUCAACGACGCCGUGAUCUUCCGAGCCCAUCUGCUCUUAGACGGAGAAAGGGUGGAAGAGGCACUAAGUGAAGUCGAUUUUCAGCUCAAGGUGGAUCUGCACUUUACAGACAGUGAAGAGCAGCUGAGGGACGUGGUGGGGGCACCCCUGAUUAGCAGCCGCACGCUCAGUCUGCAUUUCCACCCCUGGAGAGGUCUGCACCACCAGGUCCCCGUCAUGUUUGACUACUUCCACCUGUCAGUGAUCUCGGUGACGAUCCACGCGGCACUGGUGGCUCUGCAGCAGCCCCUGAUCAGUUUUACCCGUCCGGGCAGAGGCUCUUGGCUUGGGAAGGGCGGCCCAGACUCGGGACCCGAGCAGUCCAGCCUCUCUCUGGAGAACCUGGUCUUCGGAGCGGGGUACUGCAAGCCGGCUUCCUCAGAGGGAAGUUUCUACGUGCCCUCGGAGGACUGCAUGCAGCACGCGCACAAGUGGCACCGGAACCUCUGCCUGCUGCUGUUGCACGCCUACCGCGGGCUCCGUGCCUACUUCCUGGUCAUCCUGAGGGACGUCCCCGGGCUGCCGCACGCAGAGCUGGAGUCCCUUGCUGUGGAGGAAACACUCGCUCAGCUGUGCUCUGAGCUACAGGUGUUGAACAGUCCAGAGAGGAUCGCUGAGCAGAUAAGUAAGGAUCUCGCCUGGCUCACCUCACACCUGAUGGCUCUGUGGACCCAGUUCCUGGACACGGUGACUCUGCACUCCCAGGUGACCACGUACCUCACCCAGGAGCAUCACACCUUGAGGGUCCGAAGGUUUUCUGAGGCCUUCUUUUACAUGGAGCACCAAAAACUUGCAGUCCUGACCUUUCAGGAAAACCUGAUACAGACCCACAGCCAGGUGUCUCUGGAUGUCCGGAACUCAGAGUACCUCACCACCAUGCCCCCGCUGCCCGCCGAGUGUCUGGACAUCGACGGUCACUGGGACACCUUGCCGGUUAUCUUUGAAGACAGAUACGUAGACUGCCCUGCAACAGAGCACAGUUUGAGUGUUUCCCCUGAUUUUGAUGUCCAAACAAGUCCUGCAAUAAUGAAUCUGAAAGACCGAGAAGAGAACCCUGCUGUAAGUAGAAAAUCACCUUUUAGGGAAGACCUUGCCUCACCUGCCACGAAACCACCCCAGAUCGACUCUGAUAAGGAAGUUCUGAGGCGUCCAGAGCCAGAUGACAGUGCAGCUACACCAAAACAUGAGCAUGUGUGCUCUGGAUCUCAGGUGUAUCUGACCAUCGGCGAGUUCCCAAACCAGGCAGGUUUGCCUAAAGAUGAAUGUUGGGCUGGCCCAAGGGCUGAUGCUGGAACAUGUCCACUGGCAGAUGAGGACCUGCCCGGAAGGAGACCGGGUCCAGAGGAUGGCCAGCCCCCAGCACUCACCUACAUUGAUGUGAAAUCUAGCAAUAAGAGCCCCUGCAGUGCUGAACCCACGGUGGUCCUUAGUGCUCAGUGUGAGAGUGGGCCCUCUCAAAGUAACUCUGAAUCUGCCAGAGUUGUGCCAGGCAAGGAGGUACCGGGUGGAAGUCGCCAACACGCCAUCUCCUCAGAGAAAACAGCACUCCAUGAGUUAAGUACUCUAGGGAAGGUUGCAGACCAAGAGGGCAAGAUGGUGCUGCUGAGUCUGAAGCUCCCCUCUGAGCCCUGCGAUCCACCAAACUCUUCUUCGAGGGAUCCCUUAGAUGUUAGGGCUUCCCCAAAGGACCCUCACUCGGAGGAGCAGGAGGAAGGGUCUGUGCUCUCUGGGGUCAUCAAGCGGUCUUCUUCCAUCAUCUCCGACUCAGGCAUUGAGAGUGAGCCGAGUUCUGUCGCUUGGGCCGAGGCGCGAAGCAGGGCACUGGAGUUACCCAGUGACCGGGAAGCCUUGCACCAUCUGGUUCGAAGACAUGCCCUACACAGGAACUCCUUAGAGGGCGGACACACAGAGAGCAAUACGAGUUUGCCAAGUGGGACUCAGGCGUCCCUCACCUCCAUUAGCUCCUUGCCCUUUGAGGAUGAGGAACGGGAGCUGGCACUCACCAAGUUGACCAAGUCUGUAUCUGCACCCCACAUCAGUAGCCCAGAGGAAUCUGCUGAAGACACAGAUGCCAUGCAGCAAGGUGGACCUCUUGCUGCAAGUUCAGCUGCUCCCAUCAAGAGUGUAGACUCCCCAGGAUCCAGGAUCCAGGACGCUGGGGCACAGGUGGUUUCAGGUGCCGACAGCCAGCAGAUCCCUGGUUACAUAGACAUCCCCAAAGGUAAAGAGAGUCCAUCUGAGCCUCCAAGACCUUGCUGUCUUGAUGGCAGGAUGGAGAACCUUCCAGGUAUUGAAACCAAAGGUCUUAAUCUAAAAAUACCACAUAUCAUAUCCCUUGAAAACCCUAGGAAUGGAUCUUUUCCUAGAGUCCUAAAGGAGACCCCCAAAGGCAUGCCUGAAGAUUUGAGUAUGGAGAAAGAAGCUCUUUCUGACAGCAGUAUCUCAGAUGAUGAGACUAUUGCCCACCAUACGGUGCCUGAAUUGAACUGUACAGCAGCUGCUGAGGCCAUCGACCUGGGUUCAACGGGCGAGCAGAACAGCUCACCUUGUAUCAUCGAUGACACAGAAUUUAGCAAAGGAGCUAAGGCUCUCCUGGAGGCUGGACAUGAAGCAGGCACUGUAUGCUCCACUGUGACUCACUCCAUUCACUCCCAGGGUUUAGGAAACCAAGAGCCAAGGGCAGGCACUGCCGUCAUGGUGUCCCACCUGCCCCCGGCAGAGACCUUCACUCUGGAGAGCCUGAAAGCUGUGGAGGUCGUCAACCUGUCCGUGUCUUGUACUGCCACGUGUCUCCCUUUCUCGUCCGUACCCACGGAGACCCCUGCCAGGGCUGGAUUUGCUGCCAAACAGACCCCAUUGCCCAUCACUCAUCAGCCUCUGGGUUCCUUUGGCGUGGUUUCCACUCAUUCCAGCAAGUUGGAGGAAGAAGUCAGUGAGAGGAUGUUUAGUUUUUAUCAGGCCAAAGAAAAAUUUAAAAAAGAACUGAAGAUUGCUGGAUUUCUGUACAGUGACUUAUCCGUACUAGCUUCUGAUAUACCGUAUUUCCCACCAGAGGAAGAGGAAGAGAAUUUGGAAGAUGGGAUUCACCUGGUAGUCUGUGUCCAUGGCCUAGACGGCAACAGUGCAGACCUCCGCCUGGUGAAGACGUUCAUAGAGCUGGGGCUUCCUGGGGGAAAGCUGGACUUCCUAAUGUCUGAGAAGAAUCAGAUGGACACAUUUGCAGAUUUUGAUACCAUGACGGACCGGUUAUUGGAUGAAAUCAUUCAGCACAUCCAGUUGUACAACCUCUCCAUAUCCCGAAUUAGCUUCAUUGGCCAUUCCCUUGGCAACAUCAUCAUCCGGUCGGUCCUAACACGGCCCCGGUUCCGGUAUUACCUCAGCAAACUGCACACAUUCCUGUCGCUGUCUGGGCCUCACCUGGGGACCUUGUACAACAACAGCACGCUGGUUAGUACAGGCUUGUGGCUCAUGCAGAAAUUAAAGAAAUCCGGGUCCCUUCUGCAGCUGACCUUCAGGGAUAAUGCUGAUCUGCGCAAAUGUUUCCUUUACCAACUCAGCCAGAAGACAGGUCUGCAGUACUUUAAAAAUGUCGUGCUGGUGGCGUCUCCCCAAGAUCGCUAUGUGCCAUUCCAUUCAGCCCGGAUUGAAAUGUGCAAAACGGCCCUCAAGGACAGACACACGGGGCCCGUGUACGCAGAGAUGAUCAACAACCUCUUGCGCCCCCUGGUGGAGGCCAAGGACUGCACUUUGAUCCGACACAACGUGUUCCACGCCUUGCCCAACACUGCCAACGCCCUGAUUGGCCGCGCAGCCCACAUCGCCGUGCUGGACUCGGAGCUCUUCCUGGAGAAGUUCUUCCUGGUGGCGGGGCUCAACUACUUCAAGUAGAGGCCAGGGCCUCGCCGGGAGCCUGGCCAUCCGCGAGAGCUUCGCUGAGACAUCCCUGUGUAGCCCGCCGCGCUCCAGGCCGAGCUAGAGAGGAAGGCAUGGAGGCAAGGAGGGUGGGGUGGGGGCCAGCCACUCGAGGUGCUUCCGUUUUGGAGACUUGAGAAAGCCGAACGAGUACAGUAGCGCAAAAGACAAGACUUUGCCUGAACCUGUCUAGCCACCUGGAGUCUCCUUCGAGGCGUGGAAGGAAAAUGUGACAAAAUAAAGCCACAGAAUUCCUGGGAGCUGGUGAGCCCACCUUUUUACCCGCCCCUGGCUCACAGAGAUCGCUCUAGUUUUCCUAGGUCUGUCCAGUGUGUUCCUAGCCCAUAGCUUUAUCAUUCUGAUUCAGUUAAGUGCACACAAGCAUUUCAGAACUCAGGUUACCCUCUGUGCAGAAGUGGAACAUAUCUGUGUAAAUAUAAUCCUCGGUAGAUUCACCUGUGCCACUCCUCCAAGACUGUGUGAUGCCCACACGAUCAUUUUCUCCUCAUGCUUUCUCAACAAGGGGCAGAGGAAUGCUUUAUGAACUCCACGUCUGUUUCAUUAGCAGCAGUGGGUGGGGUGAUGUAAGGUGUGGGGGUGGGGAUAAAGGCAAUGCUCUUGGUAAAUGCAGGUUUGUUAGCAAAGAGAAGCCACCAGAGGGGACGUGAUGACCUCGUUGCUUCCCCUACUUCUCCAGACUGUCUCUGCAGAGCCCUGGCCCACAGAUUACUUUUGCGAUUGCUGAAAUCUCUGUCUGUAGUCAGGAAGGUGGACUUCGAGUAGAUCUAAGGAGCGGUGAAGCAGAAGGGGGUGCUGAGGUCAAUGCACAUGCGUGAGGCUCCUGCUGAUACUCGUCCAAAGAAAUGCUAUGUUAGCAUUUGAUGCAACUGCAAAAAAAUAAAUAAGUAAAUAAAACCAUUAUCACGGCCAGCUGCUUCUCCUCUCCGUGGAAGGAGAAACAUCUAAACGGAGGAGGGCUGGGUUACAAACCUCAGGGGGGCUCUAAGACGGUGCUGGUUAUCUUCCAAUAGAAGUGUCUUCUUGCCUUAGGAAAAUAAAGGGCUAGGAGAGGUCACCAUCGGUAAAAACCAAUAGACAGCAGGGACACUGUGAGAUCAGAGAGGAAAACAACAGCUAGAUCGCAGACCCAGCUCAGAUAGUUACUGGUGAAUGACUUAAGGGAAGUUGUGAAAAUUCCCAGGAUGUUUGAUAUGGUCCCAUAGACUGAGUUGGCUCUUGGCCUAAAGGAAGGCUGGAGAACCACCUCGUUAUACUCCAGGAGCGCGUGGACCAGGACAGGAGGGACGGCUAACACAGGAGACCCAUCUCCAGGAGGCGGAAGCUUCCGUUUCCGCAAACUCCCCUUGUACAGUGUGGAGAAUCAUGUGGGACCGGGUCCCUGGUCCCAGCACCUGGACCAUGACUGUAGGUCACCAGGGCCGUGGUCCUAAAACCAAGCGACUCUUGGCUCAUCUGAGAAUCUUAGCUCUCACACAUUAACAGUGUGACCUUACCAAACAAAUGCAGACCAACGAGAAACCAGUGUGGGUGGGCCACUUUGCAGGGGGAUAGGCUCCUGGGCUCCUUGUGAAGGAGAAGACUGGGAGUGGGAGGGUUGAGCUGAAUGAGCCACAAGGGCAGACUUUUGCACAGUGAGGGUAGGUUUCUCUGCCCGUCUUCUGCACACUUUCGUUGUGUCCUAGGCUUAGGGAGGGUGUGUAGGCCUGAGGGUACUUUUCCAAGUUCCCAAUGUCUGUAGACUGUGGUUACUCCUGAGUGGCGCCGAUCCGAUGUCUAGCCCAGGAGGAAUCGGUUCCUGCAGUAGAGCCCUUGACCUUGUGUGUCCUGGUCUAGACACGUGUUCGUGCUCAGUGCAGGACCAUACGUUUGUAGCAGCUUCUCCUUUUUGGCCAAACGAGGAGCCCCUCUGAUGAGAGCAUUCCAUUCGGUGUUUCUGAUACCCAUCAGCAAAGCUUGUCACCCCCUGGUCAUAUGGAAGACCAUGUAGCCCGUGGCUAUGGAGCCUGGGUGAAUCUGAUGACCGUUGUCUUUUCCAAUAACCAGAUGACACUUUUAACUUCAAUAUGCUGUCUGGACACGGUGAGAACUAAUGGCAAUAAAUGUCCAGCUGCAUGGCGCACCCCUCUUUUAUAGGGGUGCUCUGCUGUCUUUGUAAGCCCUCUCCAACCUCUGAGCAUCUAUUAUAUUGUGUAGAAGUUACAUCUCUAUUGUAAAUAAGAGUGUCCAAUGUCACGUGUCAUGCCUCAUUUGAAAAGGCUUUUUUAUGUCUCUUUCUAUUGAAGUAUAGAUAUCUAAUAUAUAUACAUAAAUAUAUAUAUAUAAUGUAAAACAGGGACAUUAUAUUAUUUAUUAUAAAAAUUAUAAACAAAAUGCCUGCCAAGAUAAUGGUCUAGUAUGUUUUCAUUCUCAGUGUAAUUCACAUUUUUUUGUUUUUACGCUUUGUUAAGUUUCUCAGGAGUCAUUAGAAAUAAACAUCACUAUUCUCUUGA